AUGCCGCAGGCUGGCCCUGGCGACGAGCCGGUUGGCCCACAGCCGGCCAAACCUUUCUCUUUUCAGUCGGUGGAGAAUUUCCUGUCCGACAAGGCUUACAAAGACAUGUUGGAGAAUGCGUCUUCCUUCAACACGCGGCUUUUGGUGGAGCGUAGGAUGAGGUUACCAUUUCUAGACGCGCAAACUGGGAUUGCCCAGAACAGUUCGAUGUUGAUGUUCAAUCGACGAGAUCGAAUGCCUGGUGACUCGUCACUCGGAAAGCUGUACGUGUAUCCUGCUGCCAAAUGGCGGAAACGGAAGCGGCAGUAUCACCUGAACUUCUUCAAUUUUCCUCGGAAAGUCGUCAAGGCCGAAGUGCCAGAAACUUUGUUGGAGUCAGUUGACCUCGCGUUGACGCAGUCCAACAGUUUACCAAUGUUGGAGCCGAAGGAAGAUAGUAGAGACCAGUUUUCCUCCAACGAGCAAGCCAAAGCAGUUCAACCCGAAGCCUCUUGGGCGUAUUACGAAGAUGACCUCGGUUUAGACGAGGAAGAUUUCGACCAACCCCAAGAUGCCGACUCAGAUUUUGAUUACGAGGAGUCAUAUAAGAAGAAAAAGAAGAAAGCUCGGGCGAAAGAAUCCACACCAAAGGCAGCAAACGACGCGAGGAAGGAAAAAGGGCGGGCGCCGGAAAACGAAGCAGAAAAAGCGGUGAACUGUGAUGAGUGCGCAUUCCAAGCGGUGCCGAACUUGAUGGCAUUGAUGUUGAAUGGUUGA